AUGGCCGACCUCCCGGCCCAGCCCAACCUGCGCGUCACCAUCAUCGCCGCCGACGGCCUCUACAAGAGAGACGUCUUCCGAUUUCCCGACCCCUUCGCCGUAGCCACCAUCAAUGGCGAACAAACAAAGACGACCGGCGUCAUCAAGAAGACGCUCAAUCCCUACUGGAAUGAGAGCUUCGACAUAGCAAACGAAGAGAGCAUUCUCGCCGUUCAAAUCUUCGACCAGAAGAAGUUCAAGAAGAAGGACCAGGGUUUCCUCGGUGUUGUCAACGUCCGUGUUGGCAGUGUCAUCGACUUGGAUGCUGGUGGUGACGUAGUCAACGGCAAGCUCAUCCUCAACCUGUCGACUAACCUCCGUCCGGCUGCAACCCCCGCCGCCGCUGCGACCGCCGCCCGACCCAACGGUGCUGCUUCAACAACCACACUGGACGCUCCCCCUCCGCCGAGUGCUUCGGCCUCGCGUCAGCCCAGCACGUCGGGCGAUACAUCAGCUCCGCGCACUGCCGGCUUCAGCGCCUUCGAGGACUCCCAAGGCCGCUUACCUCCUGGAUGGGAACGAAGAGAAGACAACCUCGGACGCACAUACUACGUCGACCACAAUUCCAGGCAGACCACAUGGGUCCGCCCGACGGCCAACUUCAAUGCUGGCGAACAGCGCCAAGCCAACGAAGCAGAGACGCAAGCGCAGCGUGCGCGACACCAGAACCGCAUGCUGCCUGAUGAUCGCACGGGUGCCAGCUCACCAACUUUGUCGGGCGGUCAGAACUCGCCUCCUAAUGGUGCUGCUGCCGCCGCCGCUGCUGCUGCCGGAACCUCUAACCCUCAGGCAAUGUCGAUGAUGGCCACUGGUACUACUACUGCUGGUACAGGCGAAUUGCCUGCCGGUUGGGAACAGCGCCAUACACCAGAAGGCCGCGCCUACUUUGUCGACCACAACACCCGUACUACUACAUGGGUUGACCCCAGGAGGCAGCAGUACAUCCGCAUGUACGGGCAAAAUGCUGCACAAGGCACUAUUCAACAGCAGCCUGUUUCACAGCUUGGUCCUCUGCCCAGUGGAUGGGAAAUGCGUCUCACCAACACUGCUCGCGUCUACUUUGUCGACCACAACACCAAAACGACCACCUGGGACGAUCCUCGCUUGCCCUCAUCACUCGAUCAGAACGUGCCGCAAUACAAGCGUGACUUCAGAAGGAAGCUCAUUUACUUCCGUUCUCAACCAGCUCUUCGCAUCCUGUCUGGACAAUGUCACGUCAAGGUCCGACGUUCUCAUAUUUUCGAGGAUUCAUAUGCCGAGAUUAUGCGUCAAAGUCCUAGUGAUUUGAAGAAACGACUGAUGAUCAAGUUCGACGGUGAAGAUGGUCUCGACUACGGUGGUCUCUCUAGAGAGUUCUUCUUCCUUUUGUCUCACGAGAUGUUCAACCCCUUCUACUGUUUGUUCGAGUACUCGGCCAUCGACAACUACACGCUACAGAUCAACCCUCACUCCGGUAUUAAUCCAGAGCAUCUUGGCUACUUCAAAUUCAUCGGACGUGUUGUAGGUCUCGCCAUUUUCCACAGACGCUUCCUGGACGCCUUCUUCAUUGGAGCUUUCUACAAGAUGAUUCUUCGCAAGAAGGUCAGUCUUGCAGAUAUGGAGGGUGUCGAUGCCGAUUUCUACCGCACCUUGAGUUGGACUCUUGACAAUUCCAUCGAGAAUGUUAUUUUCGAGCACUUCUGUGUCGAGGACGAAGUCUUCGGCGAGAAGGUGACCAUCGACCUCAAGCCUGGCGGNCUUGUCACAGAAUGGAGAAUCAACAAACGUGUCGAGGAGCAGUUCAACGCCUUUAUCCAAGGGUUCCAUGAGCUCAUCCCAUCAGACCUUAUCAACGUGUUUGACGAGCGUGAACUUGAACUCCUCAUCGGUGGUAUCUCAGAAAUCGAUGUCGACGAUUGGGCCAAGAACACCGACUACCGUGGCUACGAUGAGAAGGAUCCCGUCAUUCAAAACUUCUGGAAGGUAAGAUACAUAACUGCCACUGUCGUCAACUUUUCAUGCAUGCUGACCUUCAUCACANNGACUAUCCGCACAUGGGACUCUGAGCAGAAAUCUCGCCUACUGCAGUUCGCAACCGGUACUUCGCGUAUCCCCGUCAACGGCUUCAAGGAUCUGCAAGGAGGUGACGGACCUCGCCGCUUCACGAUCGAGAAAUCGGGCGAGGAAGGUCAACUGCCCAAAUCGCAUACUUGCUUCAACCGUCUCGACUUGCCGCCGUACAAGACAUAUGAAGCGCUCAACGCCAAGCUUCUAUGGGCUGUCGAGGAGACGGUUGGGUUCGGACAGGAGUAG